UCGCUCCUGCUCGGCCCGGGGUGAGAGGUCGGGAAGAUGGCGGCGGCCUUGGGCGAGGAGGCGCCCGACAACGAGGACUACUACUCGCUGCUGAACGUGCGGCGGGAGGCCUCUCAGGAAGAACUGAAAGCUGCUUACCGACGGCUGUGUAUGUUGUAUCAUCCAGACAAACACAGAGACCCAGAACUUAAAACACAAGCUGAGCAACUGUUUAACCUUAUUCACCAGGCUUAUGAAGUGCUUAGCGAUCCACAGACCAGAGCGAUCUAUGACAUCUAUGGAAGGAGAGGACUGGAAAUGGAAGGAUGGGAGGUUGUGGAAAGGAAGAGAACCCCAGCUGAAAUUAGAGAAGAAUUUGAACGUCUGCAAAGAGAGAGGGAAGAAAGAAGACUUCAGCAGCGAACUAAUCCCAAGGGAACAAUUAGUGUUGGAAUAGAUGCCACUGACCUGUUUGAUCGUUAUGAUGAAGAAUAUGAAGAUGUGCCAGGGAGCAGCUUUCCCCAGAUUGAAAUUAACAAAAUGCACAUAUCCCAGUCCAUUGAGGCACCGUUGACCACCACUGAUACUGCAAUACUCUCUGGUAACCUCUCCACACAGAAUGGGAAUGGAGGUGGAUCAAUUAAUUUUGCUCUUAGACGGGUGACUUCAGCCAAGGGAUGGGGAGAGCUAGAGUUUGAAGCUGGAGACCUUCAGGGACCUGUCCUUGGUUUGAAGAUACUUCGUAACCUUACACCAAGAUGCUUCAUCACUACGCACUGUGCUCUGCAGUUUUCAUCCCAUGGGAUCCAACCAGGCCUCACAACUGUCUUGGCACGAAACCUAGAUAAGAACACCAUGGGCUAUUUACAGUGGCGAUGGGGUAUCCAGUCAUCCAUGAACACAAGUAUUGUCCGGGAUACCGAAAGCAGCCAUUUCACAGUGGCAAUGCAACUGGGAAUCCCCAACUCCUUCAUGAUGAUCAGUUACCAGCAUAAGUUUCAGGAUGAGGAUCACACAAGAGUCAAAGGCUCUCUCAAGGCUGGUUUAUUUGGGACCGUGGUGGAAUAUGGAGCGGAGAGGAAGAUUUCCAGGCACAGUAUUUUAGGAGCUACUGUCAGUGUUGGUGUUCCCCAAGGCGUGUCCCUGAAAAUCAAGUUGAACAGGGCUAGCCAGACCUACUUUUUCCCUAUCCAUCUGACAGAUCAGCUGCUUCCCAGUGCUGUAUUCUAUGCCACCGUGGGACCCCUAGUUAUCUACUUUGCCAUGCAUAGGCUAAUCAUCAAACCCUACCUCCAAGCACAAAAGGAGAAAGAGUUGGAGAAGCAAAGGGAAAGCACAGCCAGUGACAUCCUACAGAAGAAACAGGAGGCAGAAGCUGCAGUUCGGUUGAUGCAGGAGUCUGUCCGGAGGAUAAUUGAGGCAGAGGAAGCCAAGAUGGGUCUGAUUGUAGUGAAUGCCUGGUAUGGGAAGUUUGUCAACGAUAACAGCCGGAAGAAUGAGAAGGUGAAAGUGAUUGAUGUGACCAUCCCUCUGCAAUGCAUGGUGAAGGACUCCAAGCUCAUCCUAACAGAGGCAUCCAAGGCUGGACUGCCUGGGUUCUAUGACCCUUGUGUAGGUGAAGACAAGAGUUUGAAAGUGCUGUAUCAGUUCCGAGGAGUUCUGCACCAAGUGAUGUCUGCUGACAAUGAGGCCCUUAGGAUACCAAAGCAAUCUCACAGAAUUGAUGCAGAUAGCUAAUCUAGUGAGAAAGCAGGGCAUCAUCUACGGUACCCAUGUCAACGGAAGCUGCAAAACCUUCCCUUGGAUCUGAUGAAUUUAAAGAGACAUUUUUAUUUUUAUGGUUCAUGUAGAGGGUGGUGUCAUACCAAUUAUGUUGAGGAACAACAAGAGAGUACCUGCUCCGAAGCAGUGCUACCCAGGACUAUGGUGUAAUAAAUAGCAAGGUGACCUGAGACUGUGUGGUGCACUCUGCCUGGGAGGAGCAGCAUGGGGCUUGGGCUGCAGCUAUCUUUUGAUCCAGUCUUUCCUGCUGCAAGGUGACCGCAGCUCAUUUGUUCACACUCAGUGUUUCCUUUCACACUGUGAGCAGGGAAGAGGACUCUCCACUCUUCCUUCUUUUCCUUCUGACAGGGUUGGGUUACACUGUCCUUAACUAAAAACAAUAGCUAAUAUAAUCUUCCUUAAGAGGAAGUUAAAUUUGUGACCACCUCCUAGGAAUCUUCUUCAUCAAGUCUGUUACUGGAAAAAAAGAUAUAAAGAUUGUGGUGCUUGUCCCAGAUCUGAAUGAAAAACAUGCUCGUUGUUUGAGAACAAUGAGUAUGUUGGAAACUAAGUUUUCUGCUUUACCUAAUCACAUGGACACCUUUCAGCAUGAAUCCAUCCAAUUGUUAGUGACACUGAUUCUAAGCACCAUUAUGACACUAGACUAAUUAUCAGGAUUACAACCACAGUCCUUGUCGCACACAUUCUGCUUCUGCUAAGCGAAGAACUCCAUGGAAUUUUAAGUCUGUUUUGGUGGGGGAGAAACUGAAUUAGCUAGAAUCUGAAUUGUUCGGUUCAGCUGAAUUUACUGUUGCAGUUGUUGCUUUCCAGUUGAUUUCAUUCUAGCAAGAGAGGGAAAUGCAGUUGAUGCAGGUAAACUGGACCAAAACGUAAUGUGCCAAAUGGGGUAAGGAGGUGAGAACGUGGGAAUUCUGCUGGCUGCCUUCAAUAGCAGAGGCAGCUGUGGACUAGAGUCCCUGGAAUAGCCACAGCACAUGCUUGGGACUUACCCCCAGAAGAGGCACUACUGCUCCACCAACAACAGAAAGGUGGAGGACUGAUGGAGAUGAUAGUGUUUCCUAGCUGGCACAGCAGUAAGUUAAGGCUCUUAUAUAUGAAAGGAGCAGUUGGUGGCUUUUAAUGGGUCAUGAGGGAACAGUUCUGCUCCUGGUCAGUCCUGGGAGAGCCCUCGUUUAUAUGCAAGGGACACAGAAACAAGUGUAUAUUGACACAGCAUUGUUGGUAUUCAUACCAACAGCAGUAAACAUGUUCCUGACAUGCAUCUUUGCCCCUUGUUUCUGUCUAAUUGCCAUUCUGCUCAGUCCUGUCACUGUCUUGGUCUCCCACUUAGAAAGCCACAUGAGCAAGGACUGUUGUCAAUGAAAUUAUUCUAAAGAGUCAGUUCAUUAUAGCUGUUCCAGAAAAGCUGGGAAGUCUCUCCCCUGCCUAGUCUUACAAUCCAGUGAUGGUCACCAGGUUUAAAAAAAAUAAAUCUCCUUGUUAUUUGUGAACGGCUCCUGCUGUGGGAGUUCUCAUUACUUAUCACCACAGAUUUUACCUAUAUGUUAAUUGUGCACUAAACUUUGUGUUUUGAAUGAAUCUUAGUUAAAAACUACCCCAGGUACCUUUUGAUGCAGAUUUAAUUUUCUAGGCACCAAAUACUUCAUUUACCUUGUCAGCUGGUGAAGCAGAAAAUGCUGGAUUGUCCAAAUAAACCUUUUCCUGAUUUGA